AUGCAAUUUCAAAAAUUAAAAAGAUGUGAUCGAUUUUGGUAUGAAACAUCAGAUCCAUUCUUAAGGUUCAGUGAACCACAAUUGGCAGAGAUUAGAAAAAUAACAUUAUCUAAGGUUCUGUGCGAUAAUUCUGAUAGUAUUGACACUAUUCAGAGACAAAUCAUGGACUUACCAGACUCAUUCCUAAAUCCUCGGAUUCCAUGCUCUUCGAUGCCAUCCAUUGAUUUGACUCAAUGGAGAGAAAGAGGCAAUUCUUGUGUCGUCAACAACAGAGUUCUGGCCAUCGGAAGGGCUGACAGAAUAUCUCCGUGUGUUAACUGCAUUUGCACUUUUGAAGGGGCCAAAUGCCAAUCACUUCGUAUCAGUGAUUGCAACGAAUUAUUUUCAUUGCAUUCCCGACAGGAUGUCCUCAACGACUCCGUGUGUAAAGUCCAGUGCGCCUUCACUUUCACUCAUAAUAUGCGUUCCUCUCAGUCCUCAAGAAUAUCCAAUGUCUUUGGUUUCAGUCAAUGAGUCAAUGAUUUCCACAUAUUUUAGCACUAAAUUUGAAGCCGUCAUUACGAAAGGGGUUUAAGUCAACCGCCCGUUAACCCCUUAUAAACACAUAUUUUUUUAUAAUUUUUGAAAAAAAACAAAAAAAAUGAAAUAAAACUCGAGAGCCAUGAGUAUAGCCAUCAGUUCUUUCAAGUUUUGCCACAAUUUUUAAUCUGAAAUAUUGUUUUAAAGUUUGAGUUCAGCACUUAUUUAUGACCUGGACAUUCAUAAGUCCACAUACAACAGCUCAACAUUUAUACCAGGGAUAUAUAUCUUAUAUAUUAGCCAAACCGCACAUCAUAUGACCAUUGGUUGUCAAAUAUCUUCUAAUCUAUUCUAAGACUCAAGAAUUGUCUCAACAUUUCAUGAAUGAUACGAAAAAACACGAAUUGUUAACAGAUUUCCUUUUGACACAAAAAACUUUAAUCAAUGUUUGAGUCAUUUUAUUGAUGUUUCUGU